AUGCCUGAUCAAACCAUCAACAUGACCGACGACGCCCAAGUCUCGGCUGACCUCAACCCUUCCCACCCAGAUGCCCCGCUCGCUGGCAACAGCGAUCAGGCUGCCCACGAACAGGACGGCGGCGACAAGCACGGCGGCUACAAGGACGGCGGCGACAAGGAGGAUGUCAAGGAGACCGGCGACCCGGGCGCCAAACACACGCCGUACAACCAGCCUCGUUGGGAGCCGAAGAAGCGCUACUCACCGGAGUACAUCUCUCGCGCCGAGUGGGCCAAGAUGGACGCCGCCAAGGAGAAGGCCAAGCGCAAGUGA